AUGGGGAGAAAAUGCCUGCGUCAGGGGGAUCCUAUGUCCCCUAUUCUCUUUGUGCUUAUUAUGGAAUACAUGACUAGAAGUUUACAAUUGGCUUCCAGGUCUCCUUCCUUCCGGUUUCACCCUAUGUGUAAGAGCCUAAAGCUGGUGAACUUGUGUUUUGCUGACGACAUAAUUCUGUUCUGCAAAGGCUCUGUUGGGGCUGUUAGUGCUCUUAAGAUGGCUCUUGGGAAGUUUAGUGAGGCUUCUGGGUUAUCAAUAAAUGCCAAGAAAUCCCAGAUUUAUUUUGGAGGAGUUACUGCAGGGGAAAAAAGAGAAAUCUUUCAGGUCAUUAACCUUACAGAAGGGACCUUUCCCCUUCAUUAUCUUGGGGUCCCUUUAAGGCCAACCAAAUGGAAGCAUGUGGACUGUGAGUUCAUAAUCCACAAAAUGAGAACUAAGCUUUUCUCCUGGUUUAGUAAGCAUCUCUCCUAUGCUGGCCGACUGUUGCUUAUUCACACUGUUCUGUUUGGCUUGAGAAACUAUCGGAUGAAUGUGUUUAUUCUUCCUCAAAGCAUCAUCAAGGAGGUAGAGAAACUCUGUAGACAGUUCCUUUGGGGGGCCUCGGGGACUUAUAGUAAGCUUCACUUAGCUUCUUGGCAGCAGGUUUGUCUGCCCAAGGCUUUUGGAGGGCUUGGUCUCAGAGAUAGUGCGAGUUGGAAUAGAGCUCUGUUGGCUAAAUAUAUCUGGGCAGUUACCACUAAACAUGAUACUCUUUGGGUCAAGUGGAUUCAACAUGUCUAUCUGAAGGGGGCUGACUUUUGGAACUAUGUUUUGAAGCAGGAUUCCAGCUGGUAUUGGCGAAAACUUUGCCAUUUAAGGAGCAAAUUUAGUAAAGGAGAGGUGAUUGCUACUGGUUUAUCUGGGAAAUUCAAGCCUUCUAAACUGUAUAAUAGCUCUAUAAAUCAGCAUUUGGUGGCCUAUAAAAAUGCUAUCUGGAGUAGAUCUAUCCUCCCUAAGCAUAGGUUCCUGUUAUGGAUGGUGGUUAACUCUUUCCUCUUAACCAGAGAUAACUUGGCCAAAGUUAACAUUCAACUAUUAAACUCUCUCUGUCCAGUGUGUGAAGAUCAAUUAGAGAGCCAUCAGCAUCUGUUUUUUGAGUGCUAUUUGUCCAAGAGUGUUCUAUCUUAUAUCUUUUCCUAG